CUUUAAACCGCCGCGCGUCACCUGACCGCUGCGGCUCGGCGUCACGUGGCGCCUCCGCCAACAUGGCCGCGGCCGCCCGCUGCCUCCUGCUGCUGCUGGCGACGCUGGCGGCGGCCGCGGGGGAGGAGGAGGCGGCCCGGCAGACGGCGGCCCCUGCUCCCGCCGCGGGGUGCGGCUGCGGCUCCAGCCGGGCCGGUGACGGCGGGCGGGAGGCGGCGGCGCGGCGGUACUCGGCGGCGGCGGCGGGCGAGCGGGCCGCUGGGCGCAGGCGGAUGGUCACUAUUCCAGGAGGGGUGUUCACGAUGGGCACUGAUGAGCCUGAAAUACAGCAAGAUGGAGAGUGGCCUGCUAGAAGAGUCCAUGUUGACAGUUUCUACAUGGAUCAGUACGAGGUCAGCAACGAAGACUUUGAGAUGUUUGUGAAUUCAACUGGGUACGUUACCGAGGCAGAGAAAUUUGGCGAUUCCUUUGUGUUUGAGGGCAUGCUGAGUGAAGAAGUGAAGGCUGAAAUCCACCAGGCAGUUGCAGCUGCUCCCUGGUGGUUGCCUGUGAAGGGAGCCAACUGGAAACACCCGGAAGGUCCUGACUCUAAUAUCUUAAAGAGAAUGGAUCACCCAGUUCUUCAUGUUUCCUGGAAUGAUGCUCUAGCUUUUUGCACAUGGGCAGGAAAACGAUUACCAACUGAGGCUGAAUGGGAAUAUAGCUGUCGAGGGGGCCUUGAGAAUAGGCUUUUCCCAUGGGGCAACAAGCUUCAGCCAAAAGGUCAGCAUUAUGUCAACAUCUGGCAGGGAGUGUUCCCGACCAACAACACUGCAGAGGAUGGGUACAAAGGAACUGCACCUGUCACUGCAUUUCCUCCCAAUGGAUAUGGCUUGUACAACAUUGUAGGAAAUGCCUGGGAAUGGACGUCUGACUGGUGGGUUGUUCAUCAUUCAGCAGAAGCAGCUCACAAUCCUAAAGGGCCCUCAUCGGGGACUGACAAAGUGAAGAAGGGUGGAUCCUAUAUGUGCCAUAAGUCUUACUGCUAUAGGUAUCGCUGUGCAGCCCGUAGUCAAAACACUCCUGAUAGCUCUGCUUCGAAUCUGGGUUUCCGCUGUGCAGCAGACAGCUUGCCAGAUCUGCAGUGACCAACUUUGCUGGCGUGCUGAGACGUAAAGGACUGAAUUGCACACACGGAAGAAGAAAUGCAAGGAAUCUCACUUGCUGGUGAGACAGAAUGGAAAAAACCUAAUGCUUCAAGCUCCUGGGGGAAAAAAAUUUUUAAACAAAUCAAUAUUACUUGAAGAAACUUCAUGUAUUUAUUUUUGGGGAACCUGGCUUGGAUUUUUAUCUCGACUAAACUUUUUAAUCAGUGAAUUCUGUUGGUUUCAGUGGGACUAUUCCAGUAUUACAGUAGCUCGAAAGAGAGGAGAAACAUGCUGCUUUUGUUUUAAAAGAAUAAUUCUGUUUAGUAUCUCCUUUAGAAAAAAAUCUUUAUUAAAUAGAUAGCUUCAUUUACUUACAGUUUCGAUUUCCACACUCAGUCCUGUAACAAGGACUUUACGAGCUUCUAGGCACCUUUAAAAGAAACUUAAAGCACGGUUAUUGCCUUAGUAGCCUCCUGGGAGGCGUAAUUGUCCGUUGUAAGAAGAGGUCAGUCUUCCAGUCUUCACAACUACCAAGACAGGGGCAGUUAGUGUAGCAACUUCUGUUACAUUCCUGCUGCAGUGAAAAUCAUGUCCAGAAAUGUGCUUUUUCUGGUGAGAUACUUGCUCUUCUUUAGAAAGUGCCUUCUGCAACUAAGGGAUAAUAUUGAUGUACAUAUUUGAAUAAAAUAUCAAGCACUUA